AAGUAUCGUAAUUAGUUUAUUCAGUAAAGCUGCCUAGUCUUUUCACUCGAUAGCUUUGAGCAGCCUGUGGAAACCCAUUCAAGUCGCCGGCACCGGUUGAUUCAUCGCCAAAGAACUUGAGGAAUCAUGGCUGAAGCAGAAAAGGACUGGAAAGACACAAAGUGGGAGAUACCAGAAGGUGAAUUCGCAGUAUUUGGAAAGGUGUACACGGACCCAGAACAUACCGACAAAGUGGAAGCUAUCUACAGAGAAACCACCAAGCGAGCUCACGAAGAAAAAGGGACUCUCUCCUACUGUCUGGGUCGCGAUCCGGACGACCCGAGCAUCAUCCACUUCUUCGAGCGGUACGAAUCAAAGGCGGCAUUCGAGAAACACAACGACCAGAAAAUCAUCGAAGAAUUGGUCAACAGUGGGUGGAUGAAAGAUGUCAAGGCGGCAUUUGUGAAACCCAUCCCACCAGCGAAAUAAAACAACAAAAGUAGCAUUUUCCGAACUCCCUCCCUACCUAUU